GAAUCAGGAGGAUGAGCCCGAAGAGAUCCCAGAGAUUCCAGAUAGUGACCUGGAAAUGGGAAUCUUGCCCAAAGAGAUCAGGAAGCUGGUAGAACGACGCAAGAAUGUUAAACAGCUAAUGAAACAACAGGACAUCAACUCGGACCUUUACCUGCAGUAUGACAUCCGUCAGAAGGCGUUGAAGCUAACGGCCAACAGCAUGUACGGCUGCUUGGGAUUUAGCUACAGUCGCUUUUAUGCCAAACCGCUGGCUGCCCUGGUCACCCACAAGGGCAGGGAGGUGAGUGCAGCGCACACACAGGAAGGAACACACUCCAAUCAAUUUGACGCCAGCUAACACUAUUUUACUGAAC